CAACCGCGACGAAACAAAAAGCGGUUUCCACGAAACGAUUUGUUUAGCGGUCAAAAUUACAAAUCCUGUCACGCCUAAAUUUUAAAUGUGAGAUUUUCGGAGUUGAUUUUUGUUUCCGAAUUUAAAAAUUUUCGUUCGAAUGGAAGGCUAAUGGCGCGAACAAGAUCCAAAUCGCGAUCCAAGUCGGGAUGUGUCCCCGUUUCCCCGAGCGUUUAUUGUAAGGCUCGAUCCGCUCGACGUUCCAGGUCCAGACGUCGCAGAAGCAGACGGUUGCGCACGAGCAGACGCAUCAGACGAAGUAGAAGAGGCAGAUCGAGACGUAGAUCGCGUAGGUCUCGUAGACGUCGCGGUAGAUCUAGGAGGAGAUGCGCGAGACCAGGGCCGAAGACGACCAACCCGUUUCUAAAUUUCCUGCGGGUUUUCAGGAGGCGACACUGCGGAUGGCCUCAGAUCAAAAUCGCUAUAGAGGGCGCGAAAACGUGGUGCCAAAUGAACAAGCAACAGCGCCACAAGUUUUACAGGGAAGCGUGUAGCGCGAGGAAAAAAAAGGGCAGGGGACGCAGAGGGCGCAGCCGUCGACGUAGAGGUCGCAGUCGCCGGAGAUAAUGUCAAUUUUCUCGAAAUUUCCGUUAGUGUACGACCAAUAAAAUGUUUUUUGGCAAUGUUGUACAUACUAGAACAGCGAACAGAG